AUGGGUUUUGCACUCCAGGCAAUUCCUCAACCCCGCGCCUUCAAACCCAAAUUAACUCCUCAUGACUCGGCCAGGUUGUCAACUUCCAAUUUCUCUGACUUGUUGGAAUAUUGCACUCGAAGGGGAUUUAUCUCAGAAAUAAAACAAAUCCACGGCCUCUUAUUUGUAUGUGGAUUCACCCACUCCACAGUUCUUACAUCCAAACUGGUGCGGACUUAUUCAAUUUGUGGGAGUCUUGAAUAUGCUCAACAAGUGUUCGAUGAAAUUCCUCAACGGGACGUUGUCGUGUGGAACUCGAUGAUUAGAGGGUAUGUUUCAAAUGGGUCAUACCUUGAAGCACUCAAGCUCUUUCACAGAAUGUUGGUGGAAGGUGUCAACCCUGACAGCUUCGUUUUUCCUGGUAUUUUGAAAGCAUGCACUUCGAUUCUGGCCGUCGGGCUUGGACUAAUUGUUCAUGGGUACGUGAUCAAAUGUGGUUUGGAGAUCAACAUCUUUGUGGGCACAUCACUUGUCGACAUGUAUGCCAAGUCAGGGAAUAUUGAACUUGCUCAAAGAGCUUUUGAUGCAAUGUCAGAGAGAGGUGUUGCAUCUUACAAUGCCUUAUUUGCGGGUUACAUACAAAAUGGUCAUUUGGAUAAAGCAUUGGGUUUGUUUCGCCAAAUGCAGGUCGAUAGGAUUCAACCAAAUUCAGUGACGGUUUUACAUUUCCUCUCAGCUGCCGCUUCGGUUUCUGAACUUUGUCUGGUGAAGGAGGUUCAUGGGCUCAUGAUUCGUAAUGAGCUAGAUGUUGAGGUUAUGAAUUUGAAUUCACUUAUCAAUGUGUAUUCAAAAUGCGGUUGCUUAGAGUUAGCAUGCCGAAUUUUUUAUAAAAUGGUGCAAAGAAAUGUCGUUUCAUGGAAUGCUUUGAUUGGUGGCUAUAAUCAGAAUGGUUAUGCCUCUGAUGCCUUGCUACUCUUCAUGCAAAUGCAAAGAGAAGGGAUGAAGCCCGAUAGCAUUACUGUCACAAGUGGUUUAGCGGCUUGUGCGAAUUUGGAAGAACUUUGUAAAGGAAAAGAAAUACAUGCAUUCUCGAUCCGAAAUGGGUUCUGGCAGGACCCAUUUGUAGAUGUUGCUCUGAUUGAUUUAUAUGCAAAGUGCAAAUGUAUUGAAGAAGCACAAUCUGUCUUUGACACAGUUGCUGAUAGGGAUAUCCUAGCCUGGGGUGCCAUUAUCGUUGCUUAUGCUCAGAACGGUUAUGCUGAUGUAGCACUCGACCUUCUACGAGAACUGCAGAGGCAAAAGUUGAAACCCAAUUCAGUCAUAUUGGCGAGCGUGCUUGCAGCUUGUGCUCACAUGGCUUCUUUAGGACCAGGUAAGGAGAUUCAUGGAUUUUUGCUCAGGAGAGGAAUAGAUUCUGAUGUUUUUGCUGGGACCUCCGUACUUGACAUGUAUUGCAAGUGUGGAGACAUCGGAAGUGCACGGUAUCUUUUUGAAAGCUUGCAGCCUGGGAAUAUCGUCACAUGGACAAGCAUGAUGGGUGGUUAUGGCAUGCAUGGUUAUGGUGAAGAAGUAUUGACUCUUUUUGAAAGAUUGAAAACAGCGGGUUUGGCUCCCGAUCAUGUGACCUUUGUGUCCGUACUUUCUGCUUGUAGCCAUCAGGGAAUGGUCAAGGAAGGGUGGAGAUACUUCAAUGAAAUGUAUCCUGUCUAUGGGAUUGUCCCGAGGUUAGAACAUUACACUUGCAUGGUCGAUCUAAUGGGCCGUGCUGGGCUGCUAAACGAGGCAUAUAAAUUCAUAAAAGAAAUGCUGAUUGAGCCUGAUCGUAGAAUUUGGGGAGCUCUGUUGGGAGCAUGCAAGAUGCAUUCGAAUUUAGAGCUUGGCAAAAUUGUGGCCGCCCGCCUUUUCGAACUGGAGCCUCAGAAUUUUGGAAAUUAUCUAUUGUUAUCAGACAUCUAUGAUUCUGCAGGGAGGUGGGCUGAAGCAGAGGGGAUCGAGGCUGUUAUCAAAGGUAAGGGACUGAAAAAAUCUCCAGGGUGCAGUUGGAUUGAGGUGAAUAGACAGGUCCAUGUAUUUUCAGCAGGCGACAUCUCUCACCCUGACAGUGAAGCCAUAUACAACACAUUGGAGAAGGUUACCAUUCAACUGAGAAAUGCUGGUUAUGUUCCCACUGUCCUUUCAGUUGAAGAUGUGUAA